CUUUCUUUUUCUGUUUUCGGAGGCUGCACGCCUGCAUAGAUUACAAUGGCGAAAGGCUUCUUCGCCAAUCUCAAGGGCGUCGAUGCCUUUGGUAAAACGACAGAGGAUGUCAAGGUCAAGACACGAACGGGAGCUCUAUUGACAAUUAUCUCUGCUGCAAUCAUCCUGGCUUUUUCUUUCGUUGAAUUUAUCGAUUAUCGGGCGGUGAAUAUCGACACAUCAAUUGUUGUGGACAAGAGCAGAGGAGAAAAGCUGACGGUCAAUUUGAAUGUGACGUUCCCGAGGGUACCAUGCUAUCUGCUCAGUCUGGACAUUAUGGAUAUCAGUGGCGAACUUCAACGAGAUAUUUCUCACAAUGUGAUGAAAGUCCGGCUUGACACGCACGGUAAAGAAGUGCCCAACUCGCAUAGCGCAGAGUUGCGAAACGACCUGGACAAGAUGAACGACGCGAAAAGAGAGAAUUAUUGCGGCUCAUGUUUUGGAGGUCUGGAACCUGAAGGAGGAUGUUGCAAUACUUGCGAGGAUGUUCGUUUAGCGUACGUGAACCGGGGGUGGAGCUUCUCCAAUCCAGAAGCCAUCGAGCAAUGCAAAAAUGAAGGCUGGGCGGAUAAGCUAAAGGAACAAGCGGAUGAAGGCUGCAACAUCUCGGGACGGAUUCGCGUAAACAAGGUCAUCGGCAACAUACACCUCUCUCCCGGUCGUUCAUUCCAGACCAACGCGCGCAAUCUGUACGAGCUGGUUCCUUACCUGCGUGAUGACGGAAACCGUCAUGAUUUCUCUCACACCAUCCAUCAUCUUGCGUUCGAGGGCGAUGAUGAAUACGAUUAUUGGAAAGCAGCGGCUGGUUCAGCUAUGAGGCAACGUAUGGGAUUGACAGAGAAUCCGCUUGAUGGGGCCAUUGCCAGGACCGCAAAAGCGCAAUACAUGUUCCAGUAUUUCCUCAAAGUCGUCUCGACGCAGUUCCGGACGCUCGAUGGCAGGAAGGUGAACACACAUCAGUACAGCACGACACAAUUUGAACGCGACUUGACCGAAGGCGCUGCUGGGGAAACAGCUGGUGGAAUUCACGUCCAACAUGGUGUUAGCGGUUUACCAGGUGCCUUCUUCAACUUUGAAAUUUCGCCAAUUCUUGUUGUCCAUGCGGAAACGCGGCAAUCAUUUGCGCACUUCCUGACAUCAACAUGUGCCAUCAUUGGAGGAGUACUCACAGUUGCGUCGAUAAUAGAUAGCAUUCUUUUUGCUACCAACCGUCGCUUAAAGAAGUCAGGUGGCUCCGCUCCGACUGGAAACGGUUAUGGAAAGCUCAUGUAAACUAUUCAUUGGUACAUGUACGACACAUUCGCCUGCUGUAUAAAUUACAGCAGUGGAGCAC